CAAUCAAACACAUUCCCUUAUUUACCUCGGAGAGGAGAGAGAACUAGGAGCAAAAAGAGACUGAGGGAACGAGAAGAGAAGCGCUUGUCCAAAACUCCACGCUGGUGAGGGAGCAUCACCAUCCAGGAUGGCAACCAUCACCUGCACCCGCUUCAGCGAGGAAUAUCAGCUCUUUGAAGAACUGGGCAAAGGUGCCUUCUCAAUCGUCCGGAGAUGCGUGAAGGUGCUGGCGGGACAGGAGUACGCAGCCAAGAUCAUAAACACCAAGAAGCUCACUGCCAGAGACCACCAGAAGCUGGAGCGAGAGGCUCGGAUCUGCCGUCUUCUGAAGCAUCCAAACAUAGUGAGGCUGCAUGACAGCAUCUCCGAGGAGGGCCACCACUACCUGAUAUUUGACCUUGUCACGGGUGGGGAGCUGUUCGAGGACAUUGUGGCCAGAGAAUACUACAGUGAAGCAGAUGCCAGUCACUGCAUUCAGCAGAUCCUGGAAGCUGUUCUACAUUGCCACCAGAUGGGCGUGGUGCACCGGGACCUAAAGCCGGAGAACCUGCUGCUGGCAUCCAAACUGAAGGGAGCUGCGGUCAAGCUGGCAGACUUCGGCCUAGCCAUUGAGGUGGAAGCGGAUCAGCAGGCUUGGUUUGGUUUCGCAGGCACACCAGGGUACCUUUCUCCAGAAGUGCUCCGGAAGGAUCCCUAUGGCAAAGCUGUGGACCUCUGGGCGUGUGGAGUCAUUCUCUAUAUUCUGUUGGUUGGGUAUCCUCCCUUUUGGGAUGAGGAUCAACACCGACUCUACCAGCAGAUCAAAGCCGGAGCCUAUGAUUUCCCUUCACCCGAGUGGGAUACCGUCACUCCUGAAGCAAAAGACCUCAUCAACAAGAUGUUAACGAUCAACCCAUCCAAGCGUAUCACGGCAGCAGAGGCUCUGAAGCAUCCAUGGAUAUCGCACCGCUCCACCGUGGCGUCAUGCAUGCACAGACAAGAGACAGUGGACUGCCUGAAGAAGUUCAACGCCAGAAGAAAGCUAAAGGGAGCGAUUCUCACUACGAUGCUGGCAACCCGGAAUUUCUCUGGAGGGAAAAGCGGAGGCAACAAGAAGAAUGACGGCGUGAAGAAAAGAAAGUCCAGUUCCAGCGUUCAGUUAAUGGAGUCUUCGGAGAGCACUAACACCACCAUUGAAGAUGAAGACACCAAAGUACGAAAACAAGAAAUUAUUAAAGUAACAGAGCAACUGAUCGAAGCAAUAAGCAAUGGAGACUUUGAGUCCUACACGAAGAUGUGUGAUCCUGGAAUGACUGCCUUUGAGCCCGAGGCCUUGGGGAACCUGGUGGAAGGACUGGAGUUCCAUCGAUUCUACUUUGAAAACUUGUGGUCCAGGAACAGCAAGCCGGUGCACACCACCAUCCUGAACCCGCACAUCCACCUGAUGGGAGAUGAGUCGGCCUGCAUCGCCUAUAUCCGCAUCACACAGUACGUCGAUGCAGGCGGCAUCCCACGCACUGCCCAGUCUGAGGAGACCCGCAUCUGGCACCGCCGGGAUGGCAAAUGGCAAAUCGUUCACUUCCACAGAUCUGGAGCACCUUCCGUUCUACCGCACUGAAGCGUUGGCCACUCGGGCCAGGUUUGUCACUGCCUCACUGCGAAGGGAAUACCCACCCCCCUCCUUCACCUAUGGAACUUGGCUGCUGGGUCUACUGCUUGGCUCUUGCUGGAAUUCCUCCUGCCCACCUGGCUCCUCACCAAAAACAAACAAAGGACAACCAGGCCCGAACGAGCUUCAAAUUGACUUCUCUCUCUCUCUCUCUCCCCAUACUGUCACCUUCGAGCACAGCAAGCUCUGUCAGGACCUGUGCGCAGGUCCCACUGCUUCGGCAUGAAACCAUCUGCGGUAAGACAAUUACAAACAAGUGGCCAACACACCGAACGUGUCUGAGGCGAAGGCCUGCACCCGCCGCCUCUCCGGAACUCACAGAUCCCCACGCAUCCUCCCUUACGGCUCAGUGCGUUUCUCAUAGGACGGGAUAGGACUCCUAUUCCACCUCCAUCCUCACCUCUGCCUGGGAGUCUCCGGGGACCAAGGCAAAAGGGUGGAGCCUGAGGGGAGUUUCAAGCUACUUUGGGCUGACCAAGGUCUGGGGCCACCUCCUCUCAGCACCAAUGGGGUUUGCCUUAUUGGUGUCUAGGUACCUAGUCUGAUGCCCUUGACCUUGGCAUGUUCCCCACACCGCUCCCCCUCAGGGUUCCCACCCUCCCAGUUCUUCUUUGCAGCGACAGCUGAAGGACAUCUGCUUAAACUCUUUCAAUAUCCUACUCACCUGCUACUCUAGGGCGAGUAGGGUUUUAUUGUGACGGGUGAGUAAAAUAUAUCCUUUGUUUCUCUUCCUGGAAACGGCUGAGCAGGCAAUUAGCGUGCGAACUCACUGGACUGGGCAGGCCCCGUGAAUUCUCACGCUAAUUUUGACCAUGCUGGUCAAAUGUGAACAUUUUCCUUUCUUUCUCCCUUCUCCCUUUGGAGCGGGGCUUAGAGAUGCUGAGAAAAGAGAGUGAGAGAUUAAGAAAACAAUUUCAAGUGCUUUAUUGGCACAAUAAGGUAUCCAAGUGCAACUAAAGUUGAGAGAUCAGCUCUCUGUGCAGAGGGCAGUGAUAGCCAUGGUUAUAGGUUGGGUGUGGUAGCUGGCUCUUCUUCCGCAAGCAUUAUUUAUCCAUUCCUGACUCAGUGAUAGGAACUGUUUCACCAUCAUCCAAUACAUUGCAGGUGGUCUUCUUUACCCUCGGCCAAUUUAAGAGACCAGCUCCAAAUAUCUAGUGUUGAAUCUACCCCUUUGCCCCCACAUUGCUCUUUCAAUCUGCCCUCCAAGACUCAAUUUUCUCUUCAUUUUUAAAGGCCACCCAAAACCAGGAACCAAAACCCUUCCCCAUUAAUCAGCUUCAGGAAAUUCACAGUAUUGACAACACUGGUGCUUAAGGAAAUAGAGCCGGCUGUUCAUUUGAGAGAGAAAAAUAAACUGACCACAUGACACCUUCCAGCAAAGAUGGCGAAUGUAAACUUUAGUAAUAAAACUUUGAGGAAUCCGAUUAUGCUUCGAAGAAACAAACAAGCCUUUAGCUAUCUCUUCUACUUUGAGCGCAUGCCUUUUUAUAGGAAAAAGAAACCUACCGUGUAUUUCGUAAAUUGAUUUUGAGUAUUUGCUGGAUCUUUAUGUAAUAACUAGAAAUAUUGAACGUUUUGGGGGGUGGGAAUUUUUGGGGAGUUGUUGGAUUUUGGGAGGUUGUUUUUGUUUUGUUUACAUGUGGGAGUGGCUUGGUAACAAAGCGAUGGUCAUAGUGAAGAUGGCCCCAAGAGGGCAGGGUGGGGAAAGUUCCAUAGCUGGUUUUCUUGUGAACCACGUUGAGCCCCUUAAGACACAUGGGACUUGUGGUAAUGGGGUCGUUUCUAUUUGCAAUGGAAAUGUUUGAAUGUCAGAAGUGCCCAUUUGAAUGGAGACAACUGGACAGUGAGGCAUUUCUGGGCUGAAGUUGCAGGUUCUGCAAGGAGAGUUGUCAUCUCCAAGGGACAUCUGAGCCGGCUGGCAGGAAUACAGCAGGCAUGGGUCAUUUCUGAGCCUGUGCAUUUUCUUGAACGAUAAACAACCAUCCGGUGGUUCUUCCGGCGCCACCGUUAUGUCAGUCUCAUGACAUCGGGAGGGGCUGGAAAAACGUCUAUUUUUGGUAGAGGUAUGAGAGGCGUGAUCUGGUUAUUUUUUGAUAAUCCUUCCAUUUCCUGUUCUCUUUUUUCCAACUGCAACUUCUUUACUCUUUGAUGUGAAGUUACUGCAGUGCACUUGCGCUGCUCGGGGACUUUCUAACUGCACUUUCUUCAUUUGCAUGACGUUUAACUUUAUAGACGGUGCGUGUAUUUAGAAACAAACAAACAAAAAUGCUUGUUUUGGACAAAAAAAACAACAGUGUAUUCUCAAUGUAAAUUCUGAAUGGUGUAUUUUGCCUUUUCCGUGGUUUUCAAGUGCUUAGCUCACCAUCAAAGCAGGACGACCGCCUGCUGAAACACAGCCAUGUUUGCGAAGUGCGAAAAUAUUUUCGCGUUGGACGUGAGGGGAAGAAAUCCAAGCAGCCGGGGCAUUUAACAAGCUUUAGAAGGCAUGUUCUAUGAGAUUCCACUGACCCCAUUGUGAGCUCAUUGUGUGAAUGGGCGUUGAAUGUGCCUUUUUAGGGACGUAUCAGCCAGAUUCUUUGCUGGUGGAAAUCAGUGUCGGUCCAUGAAACUCAAUGGAUCUAUACUGAUUUACAAGGGGACGACACUGACUCACGCCGGCUGAGAAUCUGGCCCAGAAUCUUCUCUUAAACAGGCACUCUCAUGCUGGGGGAGAGAUCAGCCUUUUAGGGUUGCUUUUUCACAGUGUUUUUUUCUUCCUGUGUCUGCUUAGUGCCAAAGCUAUUUGUGUCUAAAUGAGGGCGUUGGCUUUUUCAAAGCUUACUAUGCUCUAGAACCUACUGUGAAGCCAACUCCGAUGAGGUGUCUCAUCCACCUAUUAAUCACCCUGCCGUCUGGGCAGCGGCAGUAUUUUGGAUGUUGUGAACAUUCCCAGAGCGCUGGCCGGAUCGUGAUUUAAUUGCAGGAUCAGCCAUUAAGGCUGCGGCUGUGCUAUCGAGUUCCAGCGUCAUAAUCGGCCCCCCGAGUGUAACUCUGCCCGUGGUGGCUGUAGUUUAAGUCCAGCCUGCACAUAGAGCUUCUACCUUUGCGACUGAUGGUGGAACUGCACCCGUGAUGAGUUCUGACCGUAAAGAGCAGCUGGACUGGACAGACGGGGGGAGGUAGGGUGACCAGACCUCCUGAUAUUAGGGGCUUUGUCGUAUAUACGCAACUAUACCCAUCCCCUCUCCCCCAAAAAGUGUCCUGAUUUUUCACCUUUGCUCUGUGGUCACCCUAGGGGAAGGGGGGUGCUGGAGGCCGGGCUUAGAACACAAAUACCUUUGAGACCAUGGAGAGGAGCGCAGAAGAACGUUCACCUUUGUGCAGAAAUGUUCUCCUUUCGCUAUAGGAGAGCCUCCUUUGAAGGGAUGAAGCUGAUUGGGUGCCAUGGUAACACUCACCUCUGCUGCUAGGGCCGAACAGCCACACCCACCUAGGCGCCACCCAUUUCUGCACCCAGUUUGGCUUUGCUUCCAGCAUGGUGAUGGCCUGACUCCUUAGAAGUGAGUGGUCCCUCUUCGGACUGUUUCCCCAUGGACCUCUUUCUCAGGGGAAGGCACAUCCUCUAUCAUGGGCUGGCUGGCUGGCAUACAACACCCACGAGACUUUCUUCAUAAUAAUAAUAAGCCACCUGACCAUUUCCAAGUAAAGCCGGUCCCCUGCAGAGGCUGGGGCUUUGGGUCUUUUUCGUCUUCCAGGAAAGGAGAAUCCUGACAAGGAAGAGGCGUCCAGCCUUUCCCAUUCUGCCUACCACGUCUGCUUUUAGCACCCGCACUUUAGGGCUCUGCUCCCACAAACGGAGUGUGGUGCCCUGGUCUCCAUCUCCAGCUUGGCCCCGGACACCUCGCACCGGUCUCCGUGCAGGUCUUUGAGUAAACAUUGACCCAGUUCUAAGCUGCAGCCUUCCUUUCGCAGCCAUAUCAAAAUUCCUUUAUCCCCGGUCGGCUCCUGGAUUCCAUGGUCUUCCCCAAACUCUCCAAUUCCUCCGAGACAAAGCACCCUCCAUCACAGCAGACUGGCUCUUCUUUGGCUUCCAGAACAAAGGGCACCGUCUCUCGCGGUAGCCCAGUCCUCGGGGCCAAGCCACACUCAGUCACCCUCCUACUUCCCCAUCUGCCACAGGAGACCACAAGCAACAGCUGCGGUGAGAGCAUUUGCUGCUGUGGUUUCUGCUUUGUAGGCUGGAGGAGGUGGUGGUGGCAAUUCCCUUCUGGGCCUCGGGAAGCUGUCAGCCUGUCAGCAGCAGCAUCUCUCAUGUCCUGGCUGUUGCAUCAACCCUCAGCCUGGAAAGAGACGGGCGACUUUAGCCCCUUCCCUCCCUUAUUGCCGCCCGUCUAUGGAUAGCUCUGCUCUGAAGGGUGGAAAACACCUGAUCCCCUGAGCCCUGUCCUGCAGGCUGUAACACUACAGCAUCCCAUCAAUUUCAGUCACAAGUGCAAUGCAGUGACGGUAUCAUGUCACAGUCCAGCGUAAACCUGCCUGUCCAUAAGCAGCACUAAUGUUAGCACGUCUUCUGAGGUCUUUGGAGCAGCUUAGGUUUGCAGCUUGCCAUGUCACUGAAAGAAAAUGACCUGCAUUAAACCCCUGUGCAUCUCGUGCCUCGUGUAUGAAGGCUCUGUGCUCUAUGGGGACCUCCAUGGUUAAAAAGUCACCUCCCUGGUAAUUUACCCUGUAGAUUGUUGGGAGGACAUUUCAGGCUCUGUUUUCUACAGCAGAAGACAAUCACUCUGCCCAGUAUGAUGAGCAAAGAACCAGUCCCUGACUCCAAACCCACCAUGGCCAUCGCCUAGUGUAGCUUCACUAGGGAACUGGACAGGUCAGCAAGCAGCAGGCGUAGGCUGGCGGCCCAUCCUGGUGUUUCCAGGAUGGCUCUGCAGUGGCACUGUGGCAGUCCAGCUGAUGCAAAUUCUCAUUGAUCAGGUGUUGAAGAUAGAGGUAACGCCAUAUCUGAUGUUUGCAGUGGGGCACCAUGACCACAGGGUCUGUGGAGGAUGGUGAUAUUGUGUCUUUAAGACAAUCCUGAUGUUGUCAUGUGCCCCAGGAGUAGUUUUCCCCUGAGGACAGCAGAGAUUCAGAAGACCAUGCAGUUCGCUCCUGCGGACAUCCCAGGAGCAUGAUUAACCCUUGUUUCUAGCCCAGAGAAACACAUCUGUUGGUGUUUAUGGCCAUGUUGGGGUCAUAUUCCCUUGGGCAGGCUAAGCUGGGUUUUCAGGAAGUUCUUUGGAGGUAUAUGCCUACAUUCCAGUAGCUUUGGAUCCACCCCCAGAUUGCCGGGCUGGGGAUCGGGGGAAGAGAUUUGCCAGGAUCCCCAGAAGGUAAGCACGCUUGGUGUGAGCCCCAAUUAACCCUUCACAGACACAACAGCAGUGGUGAAGCGCAAAGAAUACGUGGUCACGUAUUUACACACUGUUUAUAGAGGGUUAGCAAAUGACCGCAGCCAGCAUUAGCAUCACAGACGCAAGCAACAGAUGCCACAGAAGGUUGUAGGCACUUCCUCAGAAGAGGUUAUAGAUGCUUAAAAGCUACCGGUUGGAUUCCACAAUUGAUGAACCCUGUAUUAAAACAUCUUUUAACACUUCAUAGUCUAUUGAUACAGGGAACCUUAAUAUAAAGUGUAACAAAACCACCUUCCUUGCCAUGGAUGGAGCCUGGAACGAAGGACCUGCUGUCUGUCCCCACUCCCAUUCAGUGCCACAGCCCACCUGGCUCCCCUCCCUCGUCUGAGCUGCCUUCCUUCUCCUCAAUUCUCGCACGGCUGUGAACCAUCCACCCUUUUUGUAACCGUGACACCAGUGAGGGAGGGUGGGGGUUCCAGGGAAGCAGGGUGUUGUUUAUUGACUUGUUUCUUUUGGAUUGUUGUUACUUUUUUCUAACUGUUGCACAAUUUUAGGGCUUUUGUAACAUUUUUGGAACAAGCAGGGAAAAUGUUAACAGUGGUUUAAAAAAUAUAAUGAGAUAUACAUAGAUAUAUAUAUAGAUAUAUACAUACAUGAAAUCUCUAUGGAAAUAUUUAUUUCACACGACUGCAAAAAACAAAAUAAUAAAAAAAAAUAAAUAAGGAGCUUUUUAAUGUAAGAAAUGAAAACCCCAGCGAGAGGCUGCGGUGUGUCCUCUCCUGAUUGUAACUCAGUGUGGUUGGACUCUAAGCCUUGUGGUAUCUUUUGUAAGUGAAUCCGAUCUGUAAAGCGGCGUGUCCGUGUUGGAUUCUUUGUUACCGUUUUUUGGAACCUGUGGCUGUGAACAGAAUGAUCACUGCUCAAAUUUUAUGCUAUAUUUUUGGGGGAUUUGGGGUGCGGGGGAGGGGAAUUGUCAGUUUUAUUCUUGGUGUUUCAAGUGCAAUAAAUAGCUACAAACUUC